AUGUCUCAAAUUGAUUUAGAUGUUUAUGAACUUGUGAGACCAGAAUAUUCCAUUGAGGCAACCAAUUGUGGAAUUGAGGCGGUGGAAAUGGACGUUUUCAGGAGAUCCUUGGGAAUAUCUCGUAGAGACCGAGUAAGAAAUGAAGAAGUGAAGCUCCGAAUGGGUGUGGAAGGAUCUGUGACAACGGACAUUGAAAGAAGACAACUGAUUUGGUACGGACACAUCCAGAGAAUGCCUAGCACGAGAAUACCUAAAAGAACUAUGGAGUGGAUACCAGCAGGACGAAGGAAAAGAGGAAGACCGAGGAAGACCUGGAAGGAAGGAAUAUUGAGAGCGAUGAGUGAAAGAAACCUUACUGAAGAUCAAUGCAGUGAUCGUCUGACGUGGAAAUUAGGCAUCGGACAACGUCGAAAGACGUUUUGA